CCAGCGUCCCUGAACUCUACUUCCUGCUCAUGGCUCUGUUCCUGCAGCAGCCUGUGACCGAGCUGCCAGACAGCCUGCAGGAGCACUUUGACCUGGACUCCACCUGGACGUUCAUCCUGGGUGCGCCGGCCUCCGGCUCCAUGCUCAGCUCCAUACACAGCGUCUGCUCUGAAGCUGCCUUCCUGCUGCUGGCCAUGCUGCGCAGCAUGCUCAACCUGCCCUGGCAGUCUGAGGAGGAGGGCUCCUGGCUGAGGGAGUACCCCGUCACCCUCAUGCAGUUCUUCAGGUUCCUCUACCACAACGUGCCCGACCUGGCGCCCCUGUGGCACAGCGCCGAGUUCCUCUUCUCCCUGGCUGCCAGUGUGUUCCCCUUCAACAUCAGACCCUACUCUGAGAUGGUGAGCGACCUGGAGGACGAGGCGGGGUCUCCCACUGAGGAGUUCAAGGCCUUCUCCAGUGACUCAGGCAUGAACCGCAGCCAAUCAGAAUACUGCAACGUGGGCUCCAAGACCUACCUGACCAAUCACCCGGCCAAGAAGUACGUGUUUGACUUCAUGCGGGUGCUGAUCAUGGACAACCUGUGCCUGUCCCCCGCCAGCAAGCAGACACCCAUCGUUGACAUGCUGCUGGAGGCGUCCCCGGAGCGCUCCACCAGGACGCAGCAGAAAGAGUUCCAGUCCUGCAUCCUGGACAGCGUGAUGGAUCACCUGCUGGCUGCUGACGUCCUGUUGGGCGAGGACGCCUCCCUGCCCAUUGCCAGCGGAGGCAGCUACCAGACGCUGGUCUCCAACGUGUUCUACUUCACGCAGCGCGUGGUGGACAAGCUGUGGCAGGGCAUGUUCAACAAGGAGUCCAAGAUGGUGGUGGACUUCAUCGUGCAGCUCAUCGGUCAGUCCAAGAGGCGUUCCCAAGGCUUGUCCUUGGAUGCCAUCUACCACUGUCUGAACCGCACAGUCCUGUACCAGCUGUCCCGGCCGCACAAGACCGUGCCCCAGCAGGUGGCCCUGCUGGACGCUCUGAGGGUGCUCACCGUGAACCGCAACCUGGUGCUCGGACCGGGGAACCACGACCAGGAGUUUGUGUCCUGCCUGGCCCACUGCUUCAUCAGCCUGCACGCCGGGAGCAGCGUGGAGGGCUUUGGUCUGGAGGCGGAGGCUCGUAUGACCACCUGGCACGUCAUGGUGCCCGCCGAGAACCAGGCUGACACCGGCCAGAGCCAGGAUGCCAGCGAAGGCCGGCAGCUCUUGCUGAAGGCAGUGAACCGUGUGUGGACUGAGCUGAUGCACAGCAAGCGUCAGGCCCUGGAGGACGUCUUCAAGGUUUCUCUGCCCACCAACGACCGUGGACACGUGGACAUCAGCACCGCCCGACCCGCCCUGGAGGAGCCCGCCCUGAAGAGCUGGCAGAACCACCUGGCUCAUGAGAAGAAGAGCACCAGUCGAGGGGAGGUGGUUGCCCCAGUCAGCCAGUCCAAGCUGUCCAGGGUGAGCAGUGGCUUCGGUCUGUCCAAGCUGACCGGAGCACGCAGACACAAGAAGGACAACAGCCUGAACAAGGGCAGCAUGUCCACUCAGGAGGCCUUCCAGUGGAUGUUCACCCACAUAGGCGUGGUGAGGGACCUGGUGGCCAUCCAGUACCGGGAGGCCCAGGAGAGGCAGCAGAACUCUCUGAAGUACGUGACAGAGGAGUGGGCGUCUAUAGAGUACGAGCUCCUGCGUGAGCGGGGCCUGUGGGGCCCUCCCAUCGGCUCCCACCUGGACAAAUUCCUGCUGAACAUGACGGAGGGCCCGUGUCGCAUGAGGAAGAAGAUGGUCCGGAACGACAUGUUCUACCUCCACUACCCCUACGUUCCAGAGCCGGAGACCAUCGCUGGCUCAGCGCCGAAGCCUGUGCGGUACAGGCGUGCGGUGAGCUACGACAGUAAGGAGUACUACAUGAGGCUGCUGUGUGGGAACCCGGGCAUGUACCAGCACUCUGUGGAGCAGAGCACCGAGGAGACCACACACCACGAGCCUGAGCACGGAGAGGACACCAUCGCCAGGGUCAAAGGCCUGGUGAAGGCUCCUCUGAAGCGCUCUCGCUCCACGGCGGACGGGGCUGACGAGGAGAGCCAGGAGCUGCUGCAGGAGCAGGGUCUGGAGGCCGGGGGCGCGGAGGAGGAGCAGCGCACCGACAACACCAGCCUGCUGCGCCUCCUGGAGGACGGAGAGAAGAUCCAGCACAUGUACCGGUGUGCCAGGGUUCAGGGGCUGGACACCAGCGAGGGGCUGCUGCUGUUUGGGAAGGAGCACUUCUACGUCAUCGACGGCUACACCAUGACGCUCGGCCGCGAGAUCAGAGACAUCGACACCCUGCCGGCCAAUCUCCAGGAGGCCAUCAUCCCGCGGGGAGCUCGACAGGGUCAGACCCAGCUGAAGAGGAGCUGCAGCAUCUUCGCCUACGAGGACAUCAAGGAGGUGCACAAGAGACGCUACCUGCUGCAGCCCAUGGCUGCGGAGGUGUUCUCAGGAGAUGGGAGGAACUACCUGCUCGCCUUCCAGAAGGGAGUCCGGAACAAAGUCUACCAGAGGUUCUUGGCGGUGGUUCCCUCGCUGGCCGACAGCUCAGAGUCGGUCUCGGGCCAGAGACCCAACACCAGCGUGGAGCAGGGGUCUGGGCUCCUCAGUACGCUGGUGGGGGAGAAGUCAGUGACCCAGAGAUGGGAGCGAGGAGAGAUCAGUAACUUCCAGUACCUGAUGCACUUGAACACGCUGGCCGGUCGCUCCUACAACGACCUGAUGCAGUACCCUGUCUUCCCCUGGAUCCUGGCCGACUACGACUCUGAGGAGCUGGACUUGAACAACCCCAAGACGUUCCGGAACCUGUCUAAGCCAAUGGGAGCCCAGACAGAUGACCGGCUCACCCAGUACAAGAAGAGGUUCAAGGACUGGGAGGACCCGAACGGCGAGACGCCAGCGUACCACUACGGCACCCACUACUCCUCUGCCAUGAUCGUGGCCUCAUACCUGGUCCGCAUGGAGCCCUUCACCCAGAUCUUCCUCAGGCUGCAGGGAGGCCACUUCGACCUGGCUGACAGGAUGUUCCACAGCGUGCGUGAAGCCUGGCUCUCUGCCUCCAAACACAACAUGGCCGACGUAAAGGAGCUCAUCCCGGAGUUCUUCUACCUGCCUGAGUUCAUGCUCAACUCUAACAACUUCGACUUAGGAAGUAAACAGAACGGUGUGAGGCUGGGGGACGUGCUGCUGCCGCCCUGGGCCAAGGGAGAUCCUCGGGAGUUCAUCAGGGUCCACAGACAGGCGUUGGAGUGUGACUACGUGAGCUCUCACCUCCACGAGUGGAUCGACCUGAUCUUCGGCUUCAAGCAGCAGGGCCCUCCAGCCGUGGAGGCAGUGAACGUGUUCCACCACCUGUUCUACGAGGGCCAGGUGGACAUCUACAACAUCAACGACCCCCUCAAAGAGACCGCCACCAUCGGCUUCAUCAACAACUUCGGACAGAUCCCCAAACAGCUGUUUAAGAAGCCCCACCCCCCCAAGCGUGUGCGUAGCCGCUCUAACGGGGACCCCCAGGGCGUGCCCUCCUCCGUCAGCUCCACCGCUGACAAGAUCUUCUUCCAUCACCUCGACAACCUGCGGCCCUCACUCGCCCCUGUGAAAGAGCUGAAGGAUCCUGUGGGCCAGAUCGUGUGUACUGAUAAAGGCAUCCUGGCGGUGGAGCAGAACAAGGUCCUAGUGCCUCCCGCCUGGAGCAAGACCUUCGCCUGGGGAUACGCCGACCUCAGCUGUCGUCUGGCCAACUACGAGUCAGACAAGGCGGUGGUGGUGUACGAGUGUCUGUCUGAGUGGGCUCAGAUCCUGUGUGCCAUCUGUCCCAACCCCAAGCUGGUCAUCACCGGGGGAACCAGCACGGCCGUGUGUGUGUGGGAGACCGGGACAUCCAAGGAGAGGAACAAGACCCUGACCCUCAAACAGGCUCUGCUGGGCCACACGGACGCCGUGACGUGUCUGACGGCGUCAGCAGCGUACCACAUCAUGGUGAGCGGCUCCAGGGACCGCACCUGCAUCCUCUGGGACCUCAACAAGCUGUCCUUCGUCACGCAGCUGCGGGGCCACCGGGCGCCCGUCUCUGCUCUCUGCAUCAACGAGCUCACGGGAGACAUCGUGUCCAGUGCAGGGACCUACAUCCACGUGUGGAGUAUUAACGGCAGCCCCAUCGCCAGCGCCAACACCUUCACGGGCCGCAGCCAGCACAUCCUGUGCUGCUGCGUGUCGGAGAUGAACGAGUGGGACACGCAGAACGUCAUCGUCACCGGGCACUCCGACGGCGUCGUCAGGUUCUGGAGGAUGGAGUUCCUACAAGUCCCAGAAACCCCUGCUCCACAGCCAGUGGAGCAGGAAGUGCCUGACUGCUGUGAGGACAAGAUGGUUGAGGGCCGUGAGCCCCAUAAUGGGGAGGAGGACAGCAGUGAGUCUGACGGAGACGAGACCAGCCUGGGCCCAGAGCCCCAGCCCCUCCCCCACGCCUCUCCCGCCCCUGGCAGCGCCCCCGGCAGCGCCCCCAGCAGCGCCCCCAGCAGCGCCCCCAGCAGCGCCCUGCACAGACCCAAAGGUGUGGUGGGCCGCUCUGGGGCGUCCUGGUCUGUGGACAGCGGCUCUGACGACUCCCGCCGCUGGUCCGACACGCUCAGCCUGGACGAGAAGGACGGCUUUGUGUUUGUCACCUACUCAGAGGGCCAGGGGAGGCCAGCAGGGGCACACCCAGGACCCCAGCACCCCCACACGGCCCCCCCAGCCCCUCUGCAGGCCCCCCAGCACCCCACCACCAUGGAGGCUCGCCCCUACGGCCAACUCAGAACCGGCUACAGAUGGGAGCGUCAGCUUGUGUUCCGGAGCAAGCUCACCAUGCACACGGCCUUCGACCGCAAGGACAACGCUCACCCUGCCGAGAUCACCUCCCUCGCCAUCUCCAAAGACCACAGUAAGAUCCUGGUGGGGGACGGGCGUGGCCGUGUGUUCAGCUGGUCGGUGAGUGACCAGCCGGGCCGCUCGGCUGCAGACCACUGGGUGAAGGACGAGGUGGUGGACAGCUGCUCCGGCUGCAGCGUGCGCUUCUCCCUGACGGAGCGACGUCACCACUGCAGGAACUGUGGCCAGCUCUUCUGUCAGAAGUGCAGUCGUUUCCAGUCAGAGAUCAAACGUCUGAAGAUCUCUUCUCCGGUGAGAGUGUGUCAGAACUGUUACUACAACCUGCAGCACGAACGCAGCGCCGACGACGGCUUCAAGAACUGAGGCCCUCGCGACCUUCCUCCCCUCUCUCCCUCCCUGCCCUCUGGGUCUCCCUGCCUGUAACCUCCUGGUCUCUCCCCCCGCCCUGAAAUACCUCCCUCUUUCUUCUCUGAAUACCUGUAAACACACACACACAGUAACCGAACUUAACUCACUGAUGUAGACUAAAAGGGAUCACCUGCCCGCGAUGUGUCAGUUGUCGUAACCGUGGCGAUCGACUAGCACGCCCGGAAACGGGAUGGAGGGAAGUAGGGGGGAGAAGAAGAUGGGGAAAGAGAGUGAAAAAUAAGAUGACACAAGGGGUGUUAUGACAUCAUUCCCACUUUAACAGUCCACACUCAUUAUAGGACACAAACAACCUUGAAACGCCAUCCUCAAUAUACCACUGGCUAGCUGGCUUGUAGACCAACAGGAUACAGGGAUAACCUCCCCUUAGAACGUGAGAUAAACUUGUUUAUAUUGUAAAUACUUACAAUGGCCUUUUUAAACUAGAGCAAGAAAACAGGAAAAAUAUGAUUAUUGAGAAGAAAAGGAAAACAAACAAAAAAUGUCAUUGCCUGUAAUAUAGCUUUGUGACUAACCACUCCUGGCUUUAAAACAAAAAAGAUUGUGUCCAGCUGAUUACGUCACUAUUCACCUAGCCCCGCGGGAGUAAUAUGUGGGACAAUGAAUGUUAAUAAUAAUUGUAUGUGGGUUGAUAACUAGUGAGUCUACUUAUGCAAUUUUUUUUACGUUUACAAAUAUGUGAUUUAUUUUGUUGCCCACAGUAUCAAGCCAUUGCCAUCAAAGAGAGAUUUUUUUUGUGUUAUCCCUUUUGCCAAAUUGCUUUGAUAUAUCAUGUAUUUUGGUAUGAAUGAAGAACUAUCAUGUCGAUUUUUACCUAUCAUGCAGUCUUGUAAGUUGUCCAUUUGUAAUAAGUUGUAGGAGCUGUUUAUUUUGUUGCUGCUUGUCCAGACUAGUGACAUCAUCAUUAUUUUUUAUUAUUUUGUCUUCCUUUUUACCAUAUCAGGGGUUUACAGAUACUGUACUUCAUAGGAUGUAAGAUUUAGUUGUAUGUCUUCAAGAGGGAAACCAUCGAGGGUUCAUCAACUCUGAAAUGUAAUAUCAGCGUAUGAAAUAUAUAUAUAUAUAUAUAUAUACACCGCCGUUUCCAGUUACUGUAUGCAUGGCAUUGGUCUUAAGUUGCAACAUUUUGCACACAAACCGGGAUUGUUCCCCCCUCCCUCCCCCUCGCUCAUAUCUGUGUCAUGUGAUUGCGCUGACAUUUUAUUUACAUUUACAUUUAGUCAUUUAGCAGACGCUCUUAUCCAGAGCGACUUACAGUAAGUACAGGGACAUUCCCCCAAGGCAAGUAGGGUGAAGUGCCUUGCCCAAGCACACAACAUCAUUUUUGCACGGCCGGGAAUCGAACUGGCAACCUUCAGAUUAGUAGCCUGAUUCCCUAACCGCUCAGCCACCUGACUCCCUAUUUUCUGACUCCCUCCUUUUAUGUGUCACAACCUCUGAAACAAUUUAAAGUUUGAAUCACGAGAAAUGUAUAAAAACCGUUAGACAUUGUCCAGAGUAUAUCUGUUAUGAUAAAGGCGAAAAGAUUACGGUCAGACGCAGUAAACUGUCGAAUUUCAGGUUGUACGUGUAGCAUUGGCUGAACGUUUUCCUCCAGGAACGCAGCGGUUUCGUUCUGUUAUUACAAAGCAGAGGAGAAGGAGAAUAUUAUUGGUCUGACAGCAUGUAAAUAAUCUCAAAAAGCCUUCCUCUAACUGGAAGACGCCAAGUAGGGAGAGAUUUUGGGCGGUCAUCGACCACCGUAAGACCACCUCUGCCAAGUCGAUUCAUACCUCCGUAAGAGAGUUUUAUCUGGAUCGUUUAGGGACACAGUAGGCCUAUCACCUUUAUAUAUCUGAAUAAGGAUUGUAGCGUGAAACACCUAAUUGAUGCCGUUAUACGCGAAUGGGUUUCGAUAUUUCACUUUCGGUGUUAGAUAAUGUGAUGUCUGUUAGGUAGCCUGGUCCUAGUGAAGCACAAGGUUCCUGAGUAUGUAUGUGGAGAACAUUGAAACGAGAGCGUCCUGAGACUACAGAAGUAGUCCUUCCUCGUGUCAUUUUAUCCGUGAUGCUGUGGGCAACCUUGCAGCUUUCUGUACAUGAGACAUUUACUUAUUUUUUUCUACUCUCGAGAACACUUCUAACACGAGUAGUAGUUUCGGAUUCACUGUCUGUGACAUCUCCCAUUCAUGUUCCCCUAUUCUCUGCCAUAUAUUAUGCACUCUUAUUAUUAUUGUUAUAUCAUUCUACAUUUAUGUACUAUAUCUAGUGUGCAAUCGUAACAUCUAGCUGAGAAGAUUUAGCAGCCACAAAAGCAUCUCUUUAAAAAUCCACACGAUGGCUGAUAUCAAUCUGAAUGACUUUUGCACCUUUACUUUGUAAAGUCGGAACAGAAUCAUGAUUUUUAUUGAAUGCCAUUUUAUGUUGUGGGCUAUCAUUUCAAAGAGGACACAUUACACCACAGUGAAAUUAACUGUAUAAAGUAUUUAUGCAAUUUUACUGAUUUUAAGCAUUUUUUUUUUAAUUCUUGUAAUUUCAGCAAGUUUUGUUACUUGUUGCAUGUCUAUUAACAUAGCUGACUUUCUGUGUCAGUGUAAUGUACAUGUUCUUGGCAUUAUUCGUGUUUAUGUUCGUCUUUUUUCUUUUUCCAAGGCAUCGUCUUAUGAGUUGUUACAAGCCCCGAGCGAGAGAUAUGUGUACAGUUUAUGGCUGGAGUGCUGGAGAUUAAUUCCUUGACUCCUGGUGGACUUUUGUACUCUUUAUGGAAUCAAAGAAUUGAUUGAGAAAAUCAUGGAUUAUUUUGGUGGUCUUGUAUUGGACUGCAUUACUAAAGAUCUGGUGUGCAGUCUGUGAUAGCUGAAUGUUCCAGGUGUGUGUGUUCAGUACUACAAAGAUACAACCGUAGAAUAACCCCCUACCGAAACAAUGUUACAAUAAUGCAAUAGAUCUGGUACUUAUUAUUUUAAUUUGAUUUCAAUUAAAUUCUUGCUGUUUACCACCAAA